AUUGGUCGGUUCUCCGGAAGCGACGGGAUUCGUAAUCUCGGGGAAAGUCUCGCCGCUGCCGGCUGCGUGUGGGUGCGCGAGCGCCCAGCGCAGGCCGCGAUGUUCGUCCUGGUGGAGAUGGUGGACACCGUGCGGAUCCCCCCGUGGCAGUUUGAGAGGAAGCUCAACGACUCCAUUGCCGAGGAGCUGAACAAGAAGUUGGCCAACAAGGUUGUGUACAACGUGGGACUCUGCAUCUGUCUGUUCGACAUCACCAAGCUGGAAGACGCCUACGUGUUCCCGGGGGACGGCGCGUCACACACCAAAGUCCAUUUUCGCUACGUGGUGUUCCAUCCAUUCCUGGACGAGAUCCUGAUUGGAAAGAUCAAAGGCUGCAGCCCAGAGGGAGUGCACGUCUCUCUAGGAUUCUUCGAUGACAUUCUCCUUCCCCCAGAGUCGCUGCAGCAGCCAGCCAAGUUCGACGAGGCGGAGCAGGUGUGGGUGUGGGAGUACGAGACAGAGGAAGGAGCGCACGACCUGUACAUGGACACCGGCGAGGAGAUCCGCUUCCGGGUGGUGGACGAGAGCUUUGUGGACACAUCCCCCACUGGGCCCAGCUCAGCAGAGGCCGCCUCUUCCAGCGAGGAGCUGCCAAAGAAGGAGGCUCCGUACACACUUGUGGGAUCCAUUAGUGAGCCGGGCCUGGGCCUUCUCUCCUGGUGGACUAGCAGCUAGCUGUGGGCCUGACAGUGGACCCCGCCCAGUCCGGCAGACCUGCCCCAGCCCUCGGGAAGGUGGUGCAGCUGGCUGCGAAGACAGCAGUAGCUUCUGCAGAUGCUGAGGAGUCGAGUCUGCGCCCUGCCAGGUUGACCACUCCCCCACCAUCCUGGCCCUGCUCUUGCUCCUGGAGCUACCCCUGAAGUCCCACUGUCCCCGUGGACUUGUGCCUCUCGGUGACAGCAAAAACAAUAAAGACAAUAAACAACGGCAGCGUCAGUCAGGGAGAAGCUAUCCUGUCUCAAA